GGGUUACUGCCGGCCUCUCCCACAAUCCUCUGCGCGGCUGCAACGUAGCCGGAAGAUGGCGGCGGAGGGACAGUGACAUCACCGAUCACAGCACCGAGCCGCACCGAGCACACACCGGGAUCACGUGACCCGCCGCCCGCAGAGCAAUGGCCAGUCCUCGGACAAGAAAAGUCUUAAAGGAGGUUCGGGUACAGGAUGAGAAUAAUAUCUGUUUUGAGUGUGGGGCGUUUAACCCUCAAUGGGUCAGCGUGACGUAUGGUAUCUGGAUAUGUCUAGAAUGUUCUGGAAAACAUCGGGGCCUCGGAGUCCAUCUCAGCUUUGUCCGUUCGGUCACCAUGGACAAGUGGAAGGAUGUGGAGCUGGAGAAGAUGAAGGCCGGAGGUAACGCCAAAUUCCGCCAGUUCCUGGAAACUCAGGAUGACUCUGACCCCUGCUGGAGCCUGCAGGAGAAGUACAACAGCCGAGCAGCAGCUCUCUACCGCGACAAGAUUGCCACGUUGACUGAAGGCCGGGAGUGGUCAGAGGAGACAUCUGAAGCCCGAAACUGGACUCCUCCACAGCCGAAGAUGAUGGGUGGCCCGCCUCAUCGCUCAAAAGUAGGAAGCGGCAACAACGGAGGGGGCGGAGACAAGGCAUUUGAGGACUGGUUGGAUGAUGAUGUCAGUUCCUAUCAGAGUGGUGGUGGCGCCGGGAACCAGGAAAAUAGAUACGUCGGUUUUGGUAAUACAGUUAACCCUCCGAAGAAGGAAGAGGACUUCUUGAACAACGCCAUGACCUCGCUGUACUCGGGCUGGAGCAGCUUCACGGUCGGCGCCAGCAAGAUUGCAUCUGCUGCCAAGGAAAGUGCAACCAAGCUGGGAACACAAGCCACCCAGAAGGCCUCUGAGCUAGGCCAGACCAUUAAUGAGAAUGUUGUCAAACCAGCCCAGGAUAAGGGCGUUGGGACUAAGAGCUGGAAAGAUGUCACCAGCUUUUUCUCAGGGAAGAGUGAGGACAACCCAGACAGCUCUAUACCUGGAGAAGGCUACCAGCAAAGCGCCAGCGACGGCUACCAAAACGCCACCUCGGGAAAAACAUUCUGGGAGACGUUCGGCAGCUCGGAGGAAAUCAAGAAGCCGACCAAGUCGCCGAGCGGGGACAGCUGGACGUUCCCGGAGAACACCGCGGAGAGGAAGAGCUCAGAUAGCUGGGAGGUGUGGGGCUCCGGGACCACAUCCAACAACAAGAACAGCAACAGCGACAGCUGGGAGAACUGGGACAGCCACUGGGAGGCCGAGGGGAAGGGGAAGAAAGGGGGCAAGAGCCAGGCGCCCUCUACGGAUGAUGGCUGGGAUAAUGCUAACUGGUAGAGCGGGAGGGGGAGAGAAAACUUGACGGGGUGGAGUUGGGAACUCUUUAUCAAGUACCUUAACAGUCCAAGCCAGAUAUAGUAUAUAGAUAUCCCAGGAUGCUUUGGGUGCAGACAUGGUGCCUCUCUUGCCGCGGCAUUCGUAUUACAGAGUCAUUGUGUAGCAGCCAAGCAUCUCUGGGAUUAGAGAUCUCUGCAUAAAACUAUUUAUAGCUAAAGUAGCCACAUAACUUAUUUUAGAAAGAAUGAAGACGCCUCUUACUGCCUUUUGGGGAACAAAUUUCAAACCUGAACCAUAG